AUGAGCCGCUCCAGUUGCUCUUUCGCUGCAAUCAUGCAAAUGAACAACGCUGCCUUGUCUCUGGUGCGGCAGGGGCAGCACGCGCGAGCUAAUAGACUCUUGCAAACCGCCAUGGACUGUCUCAAAACCGAGCUCGCUCAACCUGCGGAAGAUACUACUGUUGGAGGGAUGCAGCAGUCCCCGGGAACAGCGUCCCUGCAGGUUGUAAUGAGUAUUCCGCUCCCACCGUAUCCUCCUCGUGUCGGAGCAACUCUACCGGGAUUCACGGCGACGGAAACAAACACUAACCUUCCCAUACGCUACGUCAAUAACAACGGCCACAGUGAUUCUCGGAUGGAAACUCCAGUAGCGAACGAGCAAUACAACUGCGAGGACUUCACCUCGGUCCCGCAUGGAUUUUUCAACAGAGCGUUUGCCGUCGCACCUGAGGAUACUGCAACCGGUGGCCGCCGGGACCCGUUUGCUGCCUCUGUCUCCGGGACCGUUGCCUCGGCAACUUCGGAGGAACUGGUGAUUCUUAUCGUGAUCUUGUUGUUCAACACGGGGCUCAUCUAUCAUCGUGAAGGAAUCGCGACGCACGCUGAUCGACUCUCGACCACCAAUUACCAGGUGUCAAGGGAGAACAAUCCCUUACUCAAGGCUUUGGUUCUGUACGACAAGGCCAUCCAAGUCGCCGAAAGCGUGGAUUGGUCAAAAAGCAACAGUUCUGAUACUUUCCAUUUGUCCACGUUGCUUGCGGUGCCGUACAUGGCGCUUUGUAUCAACAAAGCCCACAUCAGCGGGGAGGCUUUUCUGAACCGCGAACAACGAUCACACGCCGUACACAAGUUCUCCGAAACCUUUCGAGCGCUUGGUCCAGCCAAAAAUAUUCUAACGCCCGAAGAAUCCGCUUUCUUUUUCAUUGAAAGCUGGUUUGUAUCCGUGGGUUGGAAUCAUUUCGCUGGAGCAGCUUGACCUGGAUUGCAAGGAAUUCUGGUGAACAGAGAGUCGUUCGCAGGAAUGCUUACUUCGGCUUCAAAGGAUGAAGAGCAAGUGCGCAGGCCCUUUUUUCCUCAUUGCUACCGAUUUUGAAUUAUGUUGAAAGAAUCGUCCACUUGUCCAAAUCACGCGUGAGAAACCAUUUUUGCAAUGCGCCAAAUUCAUAUAUAUACAUACAUCUUGACUAAAGUAAGUUGUACCUUCUGAGC